ACGUUCCACAUACGCAAACAUAGAACUAGCUGACCUUUUUCCACACAAAAAUGGACCAAAACGGCGUCGUUAGCUUCCGGCACCGUCAAUCUCCGUCAUCCGAUCGUUUCCUCACCGUCUUCUCUCCACCACAAAACAAUACUCCUCUCAACGCCGUUGAUGAUGACGACGAUGAGCUGAACGAAGAUGAGGUGUUUUGGACAGGAAGAGACUUAACUGAAUCUCAACUCCGUUCUUCUACUACUUUUCCUUCACAACGCCGUCAGUUAUCUUUCCGUCAACAUGACAACUUCGGUAUUCUCGCCGCCUUAACGGAGGAUAGCCGGAAACCUGACUUUUCCGUUGUUCGCCGGAAAUCUUCUGUUGCUUCCUCGCCGGAACAGAUUUCAUCUUCGCCUUCUACAGUUAUACCGUUUUCACGUGCUUUUCCUUCCAUUCCUAAGCCUCCUCCAUCAGGUAACAAUAAUUUUAGUCAUUCAAAAUCCAUGCCGGCGAGGAACUUCCAGCACUCGGCUCCGGUCAAUGUUCCGAUGAUGGCGAAAAGGGCACCAAGGAACAGCGAACUUGCUGAAGUUGAAAUUGACGAUGAUGAUGCCGAUGAUGAGAUGUUACCGCCGCACGAGAUGGUGGCUCGAGGAUCAAUGAGGUCUUCUCCUAGGACCACUUUUUCGGUGCUGGAAGGCGUCGGAAGAACGCUCAAAGGGAGAGAUCUUCGUCAAGUUCGCAAUGCUGUGUGGCGACAAACAGGUUUUCAGGAUUGAAAUCUGUUCAAUAAAUGGUGAUAUAACUCAAGAUCUUCUUUUUGAUAUCUAAACUGACCUGAUGUUUCUAGUUAUAUUUUGUAUAUAGGCGAUGAAAAAAAUGAAGAAAUGUUUUUACAAGUUUCUUCAGUUUUUUAUAUGGCUUUAAGUGUAUUGAAAGAAGUUGAUUAUCUAGAAAAAAUUGGCUGAUGUGUUGUAUCAACAUGUACAUUUUUGUCAGUGAUCUCUUUGAAUAUUUUGAUGCAAGAUAGUUUUGUUAGAUUAUAUAUGACUCUGUUGGACGCGCUUCAGUA